ACAUUUUAUUUAUUUAUUCCAAUUUAAGUAAGUUAGCGUAAAAUAGUCUAGAAAGAGCAGUGCGACAGCAAACAGCCUGAGCUGGACUCGAACACACGCCUUUGUUUACCAACGGAGAUAUUAUAGGCGAGAGACGCAAAGUACUAAGGCUGCAAGAUCACCGACCAAACAACUAAUACUUGUCUGCCAAAUGGUGAGCUUCGCUUCUAGAAGGACCUUGACUAUAUAAACUCGCUGGGUCUUUAUUAUCGUGUCCAUAAAAAUCUUAAAUUAACGACUAAGAUUCCGUUUGUCUGUUUUCUUUUCUUCCUUUACAUUCCCGUAGCCUGUAUAGCUUCUGUCACGUUUGAAAAUAUAAAUAUUAGCUACUGAAGUGAAUGGUUGUAAACACGAACCUACAGUUUGUUUGGUCAACAAGGCGGGGUCUCUGAAGGCAGCACGACAGGUUUACUGUCAGUCAGUGCGCAGGUGUACAUGGUUAUUAUUUCAGGCGCUUGUGUUUGCAGGUUCAAUAUUCCUUCGCUAUUUAUUUAAAAUAAUAACUUAAUGACAGCAACACAUCGCCCGUCCUCGCUCACGGUCUCGGGCAGGUACAGUGGAACUGGAAGGUGUUUCUCGAUAUGUUAGCUUCACGGAAGUGUGUGCACAGCGCGCGUCCCCAGAGCGUGCUUAAAUGACAGGAGGAUAGAAGCGGCGCGUCUCUUAUCAAGGACAGGCUCUGAUCACAGCUGGACGAUCAACAUGGCACCCAAAGACCCUCUCCUUGGCUCCCUCAAAGUGUGUGUCCUGAACCUGCAGUCAGAUGGAGAGACGGUGACAGAUUCCAACCCUCACCUCGCCUCCUGCUGUGAGCUGCUGGAGCUGGUCCUCAGGAAGGGACUCCAGCAGCCCGUUCUUAGUCUGGUGCACAGAGAUUACUGGCACUGCUUUGAACAGCUACCCCAUCAAGAUGCCUGUGGCAGUCUGUCUGCUCUGUCCUUGGCAGUUGAGCAGACCAGAGUUUGCAGGAAGCUGCUCUCAGCUCAGGGCCGAGGGCGCUACCUGCUCAGGCUGGCCCUCAGCCGCAAGGUCCUGCCGCAGUUCUUCACACACCUGCUGCACACUGCCAGACUCCUGGAGUGGUACAGCCCAGAUUUAUCAAUUCUCAGGAAUGAGGAAUUUGUGGAACCUUUCAUGUCGCUGCUGCUGGUGCUCUCACACAUGGACUUCAAACUGGACAUGGAGAAUUGCAGUUUUCUGGAUGAGAGCUGGCUCCUGCCGGUGUGUGAGAUAUAUGAAGUUGUGCCCUGCCGGGAGGUAGGGUUGGUUCUGAGGUAUCUCAGCGGGCGCGUCUUUGUUCUUGACCUGAUUCCCGGCAGUCAGGCUGACGUCGACCAGUUCAUCGGUGCUGGUGACAUCCUCGAUGAGAUCAAUGGGACCUCGCUGAGGAAUUCUAAAAGUGGACAUGCCGGUGCAGUUCUGUCUCGGUUUAAAGGCUGCCCUUUGUCCAUCCGUGUUAUAAGAUGGAGGGCCCACGACGGAACAGUGUAUAGACCCCUUAUCAAAUUCCUGCGGGCCCUGAGGACAGAGAACCCCACCCUGCAGCUGGGUCCUGCUCCCUCCCAGGAGACAGCAAGCAGAGACCAGAAGCCUCCUCCAUCACAGUGUCUCAAAGAGGGAAGGAUUGUUUACAUAGUGCAAUUCUUGGGAAAGGCAAACAUUGGAAUGUUUGGAGGAAAGGAGGUGCUCCAGCAUGCAAUCCCACAGGUGUUGCAGAAAAACCUACCGAGCAAGGAAGUGCUUUUAGAUUUGAAGGAAACACAUUUGACGUGCACAGACAGAAACAGUAAAUUGGAGUUGUUUGAGCACCAUUAUCCCGAGAUUUCAUGUGUAGGGAGAUAUGCACAGCCAGACUACACAGCAUUUGCCUUCUGUGUGGCAGACUCCCCAGAAACCCCUCAGUCCACAGGCUUUUGCUGUGUGGUGCUACGAGCCAGCAGCAUCAAGGAGUGCGAAGACAUCGUCUGCAGGAUUGCCACUGGGUUCAAGCAUACGGAAUGGUUUGUAUGACAAACCAGCUGUGACCAACUUUGUGUUGUAAAUAAAAGAUGUGUAUUGAC